AUGUCUACGCUCACGAGCACGACAACUCGAGCUGACACUUCGGCUUCAACAUCGACUUCUACAUCGACGAGCUCUUUAGCAAGUACAACCUCAAGUCCAAUAAGUACCACCACUGAGUCGGUCACUUCUACAGAAACGACAAGCUCAUCUAUACCGAUAAUUACGACGUCUGUGUCGACAAGCACCACUUCGGUCUGGACAAGUGUGACAACUGAGUCAACUACUUCUGCAGAGACGACAAGCUCAUCUCUGCCGAUAACUACGACGUCGGCGUUGACGUCGACAAGCACCACUUCGGUUUGGACGAGUCCGACAAUUGAGUCAACUACUUCUGCAGAGACGACAAGCUCAUCUCUGCCGAUAACUACGACGUCGACGUCGAUAAGCACCACUUCGUAUAGUGACCGAGUCAACCACUUUGCUGUCAACGACGAGCCCUUCCUUGACGACGAGUACAACCCCUAUAUCUACGAGUAUCACAACCGAGUCGACUAUAUCGGUAGCGACGACGAGCUCUUUCCCAGCAACGAGUACUACAUCUACGUUGACAAGUACGACAACCGAGUCGAGCACUUCGGGGGUAACGACAAGUGCAACGACAAGUGCUCCUUCGUCGGCGGGAACGACCGCUACAUCAACGACUACGACCUCUCUGGCGACGACGAGCUCUUUUCCACCAACGAGUACUACAUCUACGUUAACAAGUACGACAACCGAGUCAAGCACUUCGGGGGUAACGACAAGUGCUCCUUCGUCAGCGGGAACGACCGCUACAUCAACGAGUACGACAUCUCUGGCGACGACAAGCUUUUUUCCACCAACGAGCACAACCUCUACGUUGAUAAGUACGACCUCCGCGCCGACCAGCACAGCAACCGAGUCAACCACGUCGAUAUUAACGACAAGCUCUUCACCGUUCACGUCAGCGAGCACAACAACCAAGCCAGCCACUUCGCUAGUCUCCUCUUCAUCCACGGAGACGACUUCUACAUCGACGAGCAUUUCAACUAA